UUAGGUAUAAUCGAACCUGACUGCAAUAAGUUAUUUUAUUACUAAUCGGCUAUUAGUAAUAAAAUUACUAGUCGCGUUUUAGUACGAGAAUUCCUAAAUUUUAGGUAUAAUUGAAGAACCAAUAUACCUAAAUUUUAGGCAUUUUCUGGAAAAGUUUGGGAUCCAAAAUUACUUAUAAUUAGGUAUAAUUCAAGAUGGCGGACCAUGAUUAUUACUAAAUUCUAGGCAUAAAAACUUAAAAUUCAGGUAUUUUCUGGAAAAGUCAGGGAUCCAAAAUGUUAGAGCCGUUGCUAGGCUACUAAAAGACAGUUUAGUUGUAGCGGAAAAACUGUUUAUUUGCAUCCGACUUGCUUGGUGGUCGGGAUUGAACUGACUUGCAUCAGCUGUGCAGGUCAAGGCCUGCUACAUCUCCCCCUUAAGAGAUGUCGUACAAAUUCAGCCACCGUGGAAUUCUGGACGGUCGAAUGGGACGUCGUGGACCAACAGGAAGUAUCGGUGUCGGUGGCUUCGGCGGCGUUACGGGCUUGUCGGCGGGUACGGCAUCUUCUUCAGGCAGCACAAAGUGGUUUGUGCCAGAUCCACCUUCCAGUGGAUCUUCGGUUCCAGGCAGGGCCGGUGGUGCGGGACUGUCCGGAACAGGAAUGUCGAUCUCGAUGGGAGCUUCAGGUUCUUCCUGGUCAGCUAGCAGCAUCGGUCGAGCUUCUUCGAUCAGGAUCUCCCACGGUAGACGUUGUUGGACUUGGUCCAGCUGAACGAUGUAGUUGACGGAACCUUUCCGUUCUACGACACGGCCGGGAAUCCAGGACUUGGUGUUGCGCUGGUGGUACUCGGCGUAGACCAGGUCAUCGUCCUUGAACUCGCGUUUGACGGCUCCAUGCCGAC